UCCAAACGGGCUCAUACUAGUGAGGAAAUAUCUUAGAACACCAUUAUCUUCUAACAUUCUCAUAUCUAUUGAGCGGGAAAAGACACCGACAAAGCGAAGAAGGAAGAAAAGCACACAGACAUAAUCACACUCGUAGGAGAAGCUAAAGAGAGGGCAAACUGAUAAUUGAAGGAACAAUUUUACUAUACAGAGAAGUCAUUCUCGGCGUUGAUGCGUUUCUGAGCAAAGGGAAAGGAAAUGAGUUGGUGUUGUUGUAAUAGUGUUUGCACUUCAAGUUCUAGACAACUGUUGGCGACUAGUGAUUUGUCGAGCAUACCCAGUAGAGUAUCAAAUGCGGGUUUGAAGCAGAAGAGAAGCCUUCGCGGGGUACCAAAAGUUUUUGCUUAUUAUGGCCUUAAAACCCCACCUUAUAAGCUUGAUGCACUAGAACCAUAUAUGAGUCAAAAGAUGCUCGAGGUACAUUGGGGAGAGCAUCAUUGCGGUUAUGUUGAAGCUCUUAACAAACAACUUGAGAAGAAUGACAUGCUUUAUGGAUGCACCAUGGACGAACUUAUCAAAGUAACAUACAACAAUGGAAAUCCAUUACCUGAAUUCGGUGUUGCUGCCCAGGUAUGGAAUCAUGAUUUCUUCUGGGAAUCCAUGAAACCGGGAGGUGGUGACAUGCCAAAAUUAGGACUUCUUCAGCUGAUUGAGAAGGAUUUUGGUUCAUUUACCAACUUUAAGGAGAAGUUUAUAGAAGCAGCUCUCACAUUAUUUGGCUCUGGAUGGAUUUGGCUCGUCUUGAACAGAGAGGAGAAGCGUCUUGCAAUUAUUAAAACAUCAAAUGCUGUCAACCCUCUUGUGUGGAAUGACAUCCCCCUGAUCGGUUUGGACUUGUGGGAGCAUGCUUAUUAUCUGGAUUACAAGGUGACCCAUAGUUCUUCCUUUCUGCUUUCUGCAAAGAGAUUCUUUCUAAUGUGUCUGUCUUUGUUUCCUCUCUUUUCACAGAAUGAUAAAGCAAACUAUGUUAAUGUGUUUAUGAAUCAUCUUGUCUCUUGGGAUGCGGCAUUGGGACGCAUGGCUCGAGCACAGGCCUUUGUAAAUUUAGGCGAACCCAAAAUCCCUGUUGCAUGACAUGUCCCUUUAAGCAGUUCUUACAGCAUAUCCGUGUGCAAGAACAGGUAUUUUAGCAGUAAACUCUCUGCAUUUGCUUCGUUCCUUGGUGGAAGGUGCAUUGUUUAGGAACAAGCGCGCUGAGUUGAGAUAUAUACAUACACUUUCUGGCAAAGUAAUUCAGAGAACAUUUAACGGAAGAACAUAUUAGAUGUUAGAUUUUUUUCUACUGCGGAUCAGCACAAACAGAUUACUGCACUAGGAAUUUCAUUGUUUUCGCGUAAUUGCUAGCUUGUAGUUUGAAAUAGGUGUAGGCGACUGAUUAUCAAGCAAUAAUAUAAUGAGACAUAAUUGUGUACUGAAUGACUCCUUUAGACUGAGCAACUGGCUUUACAUAAAUCAAUGGGUCAAUAUUGUUUCA